UUAAAAUAUCUAAGAUAUUGAAAAUUACAUUUGUAAUUUUAAAUAUCUUAGACAUUUGGAAAUUACCGCUAUCUAGGGGCAGAUUUUUAAGUUAAAUAACGUCUGGCAACAUUGUAAGUUUUAUGUUUUGUUGUUUAUAACCUUACUCUUAAUGGCUCUUACUUACUUCUUUUACGCGGUUUACGAAUUAGGGUUUUGAAAACAAACGUAGGUACAUAUAUUUUAUAAAUUAUACAUAUUGGUAAAAAGACAUGGAUGUUGCUGAAGUGUUACAACGCGUUAGAAGAUCAUUGGCCAAUGCAUGUAGGAUGUAUGAAUCAACUAACACAUUUCAACAUUCAGACUUGCAAAGUGCAUCUACAAAUCUAAGUAGAAUUAGUUGUAGAAUUAGUAGCGAAACAUUUGAUUCACUGAAUUCUGCAAUUAAUGUACUCUUGGAACUUCCACAAGAUGUUUUAAGUGAUUACAGUUACUAUGCGCAAACUGAAAAAGGAACGGGUAAGGUUUACAAAUGUGAACAUUUUAACUGCUUAAUAUACAUAUUAAUUUCAGGUAAAGGUCGCCCUUCUCUUAGCAUAACACGAGAACAACUCAUGAUAUUUUAUAAUGAGGGAUACACUGCAAAGAGAAUGGCAAAACACUUUAAGUGUUCUACGAGCAUUAUAUAUAAGAAGUUAUACGAGCAUGGGAUCAAAUUAAGAUCAAAGUAUACAGAUAUAGAGGAUGAAGCUUUACGAACAAAAAUUAUAGAUUUACACCAAACGCAUCCCAAUAGCGGCAGUGUUAUAAUUGCUGGAUUUUUACGUGCAGAGGGAAUAACUGUACAGAGGAAUCGUAUUCGUUCAAUAUUAAAUGACAUUGAUCCAGUGGGUACAGCUAAAAGAUGGAGUUCUGUUGUAAAAAGGCGAACUUAUAAUGUUCCUUGUCCCAACUCUUUAUGGCACAUGGAUGCCCAUCUUAAAAUUUCCCGAUGGGGAUUUGUGACGCAUGGGUGCAUUGAUGGCUAUUCACGCAUGAUUAUAUAUUUAUCAUGUGCCACUUCCAUCCAAGCAGAGCCUGUUGCCAAUCUUUUCUGCAGUGGUGUUGUGAAUUAUGGACUUCCAUCUAGAGUGCGUUCUGACCAUGGCUACGAAAAUAUUUUUGUUGCGCUAUUAAUGAAUCUAUUAAGAGGAAUUGGUCGAGGAAGCCACAUAGCUGGAAAAUCAGUUCAUAACCAACGGAUUGAAAGACUGUGGCGUGACGUAUAUAAAGAUGUCAUAGACUUGAUAUAUAAAGAAAUCUAUGCAUUGGAGGACGAUAAUUACCUAAAUCCCCAUAAUGAAAUACAUAGAUAUUGUAUUCAGUAUGUGUAUUUACCCAUUAUUAAUGAAAGGCUACAUGCUUUUAUGAAUGCAUGGAAUUGCCAUUCUAUGCGUACCACUGGCAAUAAAAGUCCACGUCAAAUGUGGCUGGAUGGAAUGCUGGACAAGUGCAAUACAAAUCACACAUCUGUACUUGAAGUUUUUAAUUCUCAAACUGAUCUAUUUGGAAGGAUACAGGAACGUUUGGAGCAGCAUGGUGUCAACAAUAUAGUGAAUGUAGAAAACCCACAUCUUUCAACAUUUACUGCUGUAAUUAAUUUAACAGAGAUACAACAAAAUGAGCUGGAAGUAAUACAACGAAGUAACAUAUUGCCAAAAGAUAAAUAUAUAUUAUGUAUAAGAUAUUUAAGUAAUGAACAUUUGUAAACAUUAGAUGUAAUAGUUCGUAAUUAUUACAAUUGUUUAUUUAUAUUAAAAUCACUUGUCCACAGUGCACAGAUUUAAAUAGAUCUGUGCUAUAUGCUUGUCUUACUGGAGUA